AUGUCGAGCGAUGAUGCAUUGUACAACUUGGAGUGUGAUUUUGAUGAACAGAAACGUCUGGUGAAUUUUUACACCAAGCAGGUCAAUUUGCUGCACCCCGAGGACGUAGAUGUCGCUAUGCGUUUUGCUUGUCGUCUACAGGCCCUUGAAUCGGAACAACGCAGCAAUUUGCAGGCCUACACGAAUGUCGCUAAGCAGUUGUCCACCAUUCUCAUUGGGGAUUCAGCACAAACGAGUUCCGCCGGACAGGCCUCAGAAGAAAUAUACAAGAAUCUGCAAUCCGCCCUAAUCUGCCUUGCGGAAAGAACUACCUCACUAAAAAGCAGGAUUUGCUGGGCAGGCCAAAAUGUGAAUAUUUGUCACAAACUAAACACCCUUUCUGCACAAAUCGCUGCCCUGCAUUGCGCUCUCCUAGUUCCCACCUCGGAGAGACAUCUUUUCCGUAACCACCAUGACCUCGAGGGAUUGGAGAUGGAAGUAGGCCAACUGCAUGACCACCUAGAGGUCUGUGUCCGCGAUGAUACUUUUGCUGCAACUACGGAUGUUCGAAGCUUUUAUUCUUGGACAACUGAUCAAGUGGGUCAGUUGUCUCGGCGUCUCUUGGAGUGUCGUCUACAACUGCAGACUUGUCAACUCUGUCUGCACGCCAUCCAGCGAUUAGAGGAACUGUGCGAUCUGUGCGCUGCGUUGCAGCUUCGUCUGGAUCACUUUGGUGAUGACGUAUUAUUUCGAUCAACGCCGAUUUCGUCGAAAUCCUUCGUCCAAGAGUUUGAGACUGUCGAAACUGAGUUUAUACGAAUUCUACAGGUGCUGCAGUCAUUGAUCUCUACAGACCGAGAUGCCAUCAAAGGGCGAGAUGCGCCCAACGAACUCGUUGCUCUGUACGGAGGAAAAUUGGCAGAACUGCGACAGGGUCUGACGUGUGUCCUGGGCUCUCUGACUCGCAUAAGGUAA